UUUUUGGUAUUUUACCUAUAACAUUCGUGGCAUUUCUUUAUUUUACAUGUGGACGAGGUUUUGUUCCAGUAGUCGUUCCACGCGUCCUUAAAGUAGUAAUGUCGGACAACUCAACUUAUCGAGCAACUCUAGGUCAGUACGGCCAUGCCAAUUUUCCCACCUGGAUAAAACCGAUACUUCGGAUACUACCUAGGCGUGUGGAAACAAUUACGGAUUAUCACGCUUUUAUACGACUAGAUGUUAACUAUCAUUUUAAUGCCAAACUCACUUUAUAUCAUGAGACUCCCGGUCAUAAUCCUCAUCAGCAUCGUCCAACGUACGCUGAAUUCCGAUUACAAUUUUUCGAAUAUUAUAAGACAGUUGAAGAUUUCCGUCCUUACAAUCUUCAUAGUCGACGACUUCCACGCAUCAACCACAUUUAUGUUAUAAUGCCAGGAGGCUCUGUCUAUGGUUCACGGUUACACACCCCUUAUUAUAUUCCUGGUAUGGAUUUGCCUCCGAAUAGCUGAAAUUGCACUAAUUGGCACUAGAGGAAAAAUCUUCUAGCACUCACUAAAGUCUGAUACAGAUCUGGCGCUAGCCAAUCUUCAAGAAUAUAAAAAUUUCAAAGCAUCAAUCAUCAAGCUUUUCUUGGUGCAUAUCUAAAUAAUAAUCCACAGGAUAUUAAAAAUUAUAAAAAAUUGUAUAAUCUUCAAACGAUUUUUUUGCCAUUAAUAUCAAGUUCUUUGAA